AUGAAUGAUGAAAUUUUUGGUAGCCAAGAGUUCAAUAAAUCUUUAGAUUCAAAUAUAAGUGACCAAAAGACUCAAGAGAGGUCUCCACGCCGGUCUAUUGUAAAAAUAAAUGUGGCUGCAAAAGAAAAACUACUUAUUAAACAAGAUGUGAAUCCUAAUCCGUUUGCAAUUAUAAAAGCUACUGAAAUGGUAAGGAAAAAUAACCGAGCAAUUACAAUUAUGAGUGCGACAAAAGAAAAACUCAUGAAAAAGAUCAGCUUGAAUUUUAAUGCUGAAGAAAAUGAUAGCACAAAUCAGCAAUUAAAAGUAAGGUCUAUCAGUUUGAUUCCGAUUAGAACGAUAACUCAAGAGUCCGAAUAUGGAGACGACACUCCAUCACCAUCGAAAAAUGAGAAAAACUGAGCAAAAAGUCAAAAUCCAAUGAUAAUCAGGUCAAGUGAUUUUUAUGGAAAAUUAAAUCGCUACUAUACAAACACAGAAUCGAGUCCAGUUUCAAUAGAAAAUACUCCUAUAACUGUGGUUUCUACUAUGACUUGGCAAAAUACCCAAGAAAAAUUCAAAUCCGGCAACGACCCCAAAAUUUCUUAUUCCCAUCCAAAAGACAUAAAGCCGCACCGUCAUCAUUCAAACGUCUUUAUUAACGUCAAAGCUAAAUCUAUUAGUCCUACUAAUAAACAAAAAGGACAAUCAGUUCGUAAUUUAUUGAUUUCAAUCAGAAAUCGCUCUCCAAGUUCAAGUACCUUGGGGAGAAGUCAGACUAAUUAA